UCGACGAGGUGGCUACAAACAUGGCCGCACGGUGCCUAUUUAGGAGCUAUUCUCGGGUCAAAAAUGUCGACCAAAACACACGAAUACUUGUCAGAUGUAGCAGAAGGAUGCUGUGCAGUGUACCGUCUGACAGCAGUUCUCCAGAUGCCCAUGUGAAGCCCCAGUUUAUGGAUGCAGAGGUGCAGGACAUCCUAACCAGAAUCACAGGCUUGGACCUGGAGAAGGUGUUCAGACCCAUCAAACAGGAGCUGAAGCCCCCCACGUACAAACUCAUGACAGAUGCACAGCUGGAGGAGGCGACCCAGAGUGCCAGAGAGCAGGCCCAGAGGCUGCUGAAGAUGCCUCCAGUGCUGCCGGAGAGGAAGCCCAUCAACGAUGUCCUGUCUGAGGACAAGAUCCUGGAGGGCAUGGACACAGCCAAAUACGUCUUCACUGACAUCACCUUCAACAUACCGCACAGGGAGCGGUUCAUAGUGAUCCGGGAACCCACUGGGAUUCUGAGGAAGGCAUCGUGGGAGGAGAGAGACAGGAUCCUGCAGGUCUACUUCCCUAAAGGGGCCCGCAGGCUCACAGCACCCCCUGUCUUCCAGGAGGAGAGCCUGAAGGUGGUGUUUGGCCAGGAUCGUCAUGAAGAUGUGUUGGAUCUGUGCCAGGUCCAGUUUGAACCUGACUCCUCAGAAUACAUCAGGGUGCAUGCAGCUACCUAUGAGGAUCUAGAGAAGAUGGGGAAGUAUGAUCUGCUACGCUCCACCAGACAUUUUGGUGGCCUGGUCUGGUACCUGGUCAAUGCCAGGAGGGUGGACGGACUCAUCAUAGACAUGCUGCAGGAAGACCUGUUGCAGGAUGCAGUGAGUCUGGUGGGUCUGUUCAACAAGGUCCAUCCACACAGUGAGAUAGCCCAGGAGGCCUCCAGCCAACAGGCUUCAGGACUGGACCUGCUCAAGAUCUACGCCAAGCGGGAGUCCCAGAGGGCAGGAUACAUAGAGCUGGCCCUGCAGGCCUACGAACAGACCUCCGCAGAGAGCUCCGUCUGACCGUUCCAUGCAUCACCACACAUAACCACAGGAGAGCUCCGUCUGACCGUCAUGCAUCACCACACAUAACCACAGGAGAGCUCCGUCUGACCGUCAUGCAUCACCACACAUAACCACAGGAGAGCUCCAUCUGACCGUCAUGCAUCACCACACAUAACCACAGGAGAGCUCCGUCUGACCGUCAUGCAUCACCACACAUAACCACAGGAGAGCUCCGUCUGACCGUCAUGCAUCACCACACAUAACCACAGGAGAGCUCCGUCUGACCGUCAUGCAUCACCACACAUAACCACAGGAGAGCUCCGUCUGACCGUCAUGCAUCACCACACAUAACCACAGGAGAGCUCCGUCUGACCGUCAUGCAUCACCACACAUAACCACAGGAGAGCUCCGUCUGACCGUCAUGCAUCACCACACAUAACCACAGGAGAGCUCCGUCUGACCGUCAUGCAUCACCACACAUAACCACAGGAGAGCUCCGUCUGACCGUCAUGCAUCACCACAGGAGAGCUCUGUCACAUCACAGCAGAGCUCCGUCUGACCGUCAUGCAUCACCACACAUAACCACAGGAGAGCUCCGUCUGACCAUCAUGCAUCACCACACAUAACCACAGGAGAGCUCCGUCUGACCGUCAUGCAUCACCACAGGAGAGCUCUGUCACAUCACAGCAGAGCUCCGUCUGACCGCCAUGCAUAACCACAGGAGAGCUUUGUCACAUCACAGCAGAGCUCCGUCUGACCGUCAUGCAUCACCACAGGAGAGCUCUGUCACAUCACAGCAGAGCUCCGUCUGACCGCCAUGCAUAACCACAGGAGAGCUUUGUCACAUCACAGCAGAGCUCCGUCUGACCGUCAUGCAUCACCACAGGAGAGCUCUGUCACAUCACAGAAGAGCUCCGUCUGACCGUCAUGCAUCACCACACAUAACCACAGGAGAGCUCCGUCUGACCGUCAUGCAUAACCACAGGAGAGCUUUGUCACAUCACAGCAGAGCUCCGUCUGACCGUCAUGCAUCACCACAGGAGAGCUCUGUCACAUCACAGCAGAGCUCCGUCUGACCGUCAUGCAUCACCACAGGAGAGCUCUGUCACAUCACAGCAGAGCUCCGUCUGACCGUCAUGCAUCACCACAGGAGAGCUCUGUCACAUCACAGCAGAGCUCCGUCUGACCGUCAUGCAUAACCACAGGAGAGCUUUGUCACAUCACAGCAGAGCUCCGUCUGACCGUCCCAUGCAUCACCACACAUAACCACAGGAGAGCUCCGUCUGACUGUCAUGCAUCACCACAGGAGAGCUCUGUCACAUCACAGCAGAGCUCCGUCUGACCGUCAUGCAUCACCACACAUAACCACAGGAGAGCUCCGUCUGACCGUCAUGCAUCACCACACAUAACCACAGCAGAGCUCCGUCUGACCGUCAUGCAUCACCACACAUAACCACAGCAGAGCUCCGUCUGACCGUCAUGCAUCACCAUGCAUCACCACAGGAGAGCUCUGUCACAUCACAGCAGAGCUCCGUCUGACCGUCAUGCAUCACCACAGGAGAGCUCUGUCACAUCACAGCAGAGCUCCGUCUGACCGUCAUGCAUCACCACACCUAACCACAGGAGAGCUCUGUCACAUCACAGCAGAGCUCCGUCUGACCGUCCCAUACACCUCACACCCACAACAACAAACCAACGGUGCUGUGACAUUAUCUCCAAUGGCCUGCCUAUCCAUGACCCAAACUUUCAUCAACUGGACAGUUUCGGUAAGCAAAGAGAAUAACUUUGUCCCUGAACUAUGGAGCUCAUAUGAACCACUUGCAAGCCAAGUGUCCAUUGGCAAUGAAUGGCAUCAAAAUGUGCACAUAAUUGGGGUGCGCCAAGCUUCAGUCUUCUAUCAUUUGGUGGAAGGGCACACGAUGCAGUGCAGAUAUUCACUUAUGCAUUUCAACGUUGUCAUUUGUCCAUAACCUUAAUCAUACUGUAUCUCAACAUUGGAUCUGACUGUAAGCUGUUUAAUUAUCAUGAUUUAUGUACAUACAAAAUACAAAUGUUUAUAUACA